AAGUAAAUUCUGCGCUAGGAUCAUUGAGUCCCUGAGCUACAAAUCAGUACUUGAAGAGCACGGAUCUACAUUACGUAUUACUGCCUGUACCAUGAUGGCCACCAACACACCGGAGAAUACUUUUGCCUCCAUGAGCAACAGUCAACUGAAUACACCUAAGCUUGUGAUACCAGAGAACCACGCCCACGAUGUUCUAUGCCCAGCCAACUUUUCACUUUCACCGGUGAAAGUACAGGAGAAACUCAAACCAAAGACUCCUCCAGGAAUCCUUGCAUUAAGGGCAUCUGGGAGAAGCAAAGAAAAUGGGUAUACAAUGCGGGAAGAGGCUGGGUGUCAUUUCAGUCAGGAAAUACGUGUCAAUGAAUGUGAAUUUGAAGAGGGCUCAAAACCGUUUCAUUUAGGAGGAAAACGCUUUGCCGUUGUCAAGCAAUUCAGAGGCGUUCCAUACGUGAAUGUCCGAGAAUACUAUAAAAUGAAUGGGUCUAACAGGAUGCUCCCGGGAAAAAAAGGCAUCAAUUUAACUGCCGAAAAUUGGUGGAAAUUGGUUGGCGCAAAAUUUGAAAUAAGCAAUGCUGUAAGAGCAUUCAGUAAUGUAAAGAAAUAGAUUCUACUUGGCAUCAAUUUAACAUUCAUUGGUCUUGCAAAUUUUGUUUUUUAAAAACGUCAUUAAAAAAAUGUAUGUGUAAGGUCACAUUUCCCUGACUGAUCGACACUCUAUCCUCUUUCUGUACCCAGGCUGCCCUCGCCGAACUCGAUCAACAACUUAUGGAAACCUCACCCACGGUAUCUGGCCGCCAGUCAUCCCAGGCAUCAUCCCAAGAGAUGCUAACACCGGACAUCAUACUGCUCAAAUCUUCUCCCCCGAAAGCGCCAGCAACCCGCCGUCAUCGACUGCGAAGGCAACACGCUAUCAUAGAAGGAGUGGCGACACCUACAACAAGACGAAGCUCUCCUCCAACUCCACCAACCCAAUCGGUUCAGAUGGAGGUAGAUAUAUCCGAAAAAGUUCUCCAAGAGCUACAAAGCCUUCGCAAGAAACUUUCUUUCGAUGAUGUGAUGGAGCAAGAAACGGAAAACCAGAGCAUGGAUGUUGAUAAGGAGGAUGAGGAUAAGGAGGAUGCAGGCAGUCAUCUACCAGCGUCACCCGUCCUCAUGGCAGUUAAGGCCAUAUCUGGUCUCAUCAAUGAGAGUGUUCAUGAGUCCUGCGAAGGAUGCAAAAAUAAAUAUCCAAGUCAGAAGGACCACGAGGAUUGCAUCUGGCUGCCAUGGGAAGAAUUAGUUGACAAGUAUUUUGAUAAAGCAUUGAAUAUGCUCAACGAAGAACGUUUCUUUUGGUUUGCCGAUCAAGUGUACAACGUGCAUGGUAUGUUUGAAGAUGAAUACGACUACUGCGUUGCCGAAGCCGCUGAAUUCUUCAAUUCCGGACUUAAAAAGAAAGGCACACAAUCACAGGUCAAAAGAAAAGUCAAAGAAUUACCUGAACUGAAAAUGGGACCGCUUUUGUAAUACACAUGUAUGUCCAGCUCUAUUGUUUACUCAGUUUAACAAGGUAAAUCAGAAUGAUUUAUUUUCUUUUCAUUUUUUUUUUUACUUUAGCUAUUAUUGAUUUUUUCUUUUUAAUGCGUAAAUGUUAAUGUUGAUUUUAAAUUUGAUCGUUCAUUUUGAAAUUUGAAUAUUGUUGCGGAUGAUUCUUAAAAAAUUUUUUUUUUUUUUUUUUUUACGUUAGGUUUUAAUGUUGUGAAAAGUAAAUCUUAAAAAUAAAGUUGAUUCUUUUUUAAUGUGCAAAUGUUAAUGUUGAUUUGCUCGUUCAUUGUAAAAGUUGAAUAUUGUUGCGAAUGAAUCUUUAAAAAAAAGAAAUUGAUUUCAUGCAUCGUGUUAAAAAUAAUUUUUGUUGAACUUAAAUCUUAAAACUGAAACUAUUUUAAUGUGCAAAUGUUAAUGUUGAUUUUAAAUUUGAUCGUUCAUUGUAAAAGUUGAAUAUUGUUGCGAAUGAAUCUUUAACAAAAAAUUGAUUUCAUGCAUCGUGUUAAAUAUAAUAUUUGUUGAACUUAAAUCUUAAAACUAAAUUUGAUUCUUUUAAUAUGUAAAUAUUAAUCUUGAUUUUAAAUUUGGUCGUUUAUUGCGAAUGAAUCUUUUAAAAAAAGAAAUUGAUUUCAUGCAUGGUGUCAAAUAUAAUUUCUGUUGAACUUAAAUCUUGAAACUAAAUUUGAUUCUGAAAAUAUUAACCUCGAUUUUAAAUUUGAUCGUUCAUUUUAAAAUUUGAAUGUUGUUGCGAAUGAAUAUUUAAAAAGAAAUUGAUUUCAUGCAUCGUGUUAAAUAUAAUUUUUGUUGAACGUAAAUCUGAAAACUAAAUUGAUGGUUUUGUUAUGUAAAUAUUGAUCUUAAAACUAAAUUGGACUUUUUUUUUUAAUGUGUAAAUUUUAAUCCUGAUUCUUUUUUUUUUUGUAUGUGUGUAAACCUUUUUGUUUUUUUUACAAACUUGAAAUGAUUUGCAGCUCAUGGUUGAAAUUAUGUUUGAGAAUAAUAAAGUAGCGAAAAAACAUUUGCUCAAUAAUGAAAUACAUG